AUAUGGCUAACUGCCAUAUCCAUCUCCAUUUACAUGCACCCAUGUGCCAAUGCAUACAUACAUUUAAUGAUAAGCUCCACUUCUACCAAUAUUUUGUAGUUCCCUCUCCCCACAAUAUUAAUCCUCUAACCCACAUUUUCUGAUUUUUGGAAGAUCUCUAACUAACCACACCUCCUCUGACUUCAACUUCGACGUUUCACCCAUAAAACUCUAUGUAACCAUCUUUCUGUUUUUUUUCUUUUAAUUCAUUUGCAUUUAUAUAACUCAGCAUCUAUAUAGCAGAUUAUAAAUACAUUAUUCGAGCAUCAAACACUUGAAAAUUUACCAAGAUAGUCAUGGGAGCCAUCUACCAAGAACCCCCUCCUCUUCUCCAAGACCUCAAGGUCACCAUCAAGGACACUUCUCUGGUCUUUCCACCUCAAGAUACUGGGAGAAGAACCAUGUUCUUAUCAAACAUUGACCAAGUGCUCAACUUUGAUGUCCAGACACUUCAUUUUUUUGCAUCCCAUGAAGAUUUUCCUUCUCAUGUCGUGGCCGAGAAACUCAAAACUAGUUUCGAAAAAUUACUGUUACCAUAUGAUUUCUUGGCUGGAAGAUUGAAGAUGAACACUGAAGCAGGCCGUUUUGAGUUUGACUGUAAUGGGGCCGGAGCUGGGUUUGUGGUGGCUUCUAGUGAGCGUAGAUUGGAAGAGGUUGGAGACUUGGUCUACCCCAAUCCAGCAUUUGACCAGCUGAUUGUGAAGAGCUUAGAUAUACUGGAGAAAGAGGAUCAGCCACUAUGCAUUAUUCAGGUGACAUCAUUUAAGUGUGGUGGGUUUGUAAUGGGAAUAUCAACUAACCAUGCUACCUUUGAUGGAAUAAGCUUCAAAACCUUUUUAGAGAACUUAGCUGCAGUCCUUGCUGAUAAGCCUUUAGCAGUAAUUCCAUGUAACGACCGUCAACUCCUGGCCGCUCGGUCACCGCCGCACGUCGCCUUCCCCCACCCAGAGAUGCUCAAACUCAACACAGCCCUAGGCCAAGAAUCCAACAGUCAAGUCUUUGAUCUCACCAAAGAAGCCUUGGACUUCAAGGUUUUCCAGCUAACCUCCGGAGACAUUUUCAAUCUCAAAGAGAAGGCAAAGACCGAUGCAGAAGCUCGCGUUUCCGGCUUCAACGUGGUAACAGCUCAUGUUUGGAGGUGCAAGGCCUUAUCAUAUGAUGAAAGCAAUAAUAAAGGGCAAGAUCUUGAAAGGGUAUCAACACUUCUUUAUGCUGUGAAUAUUAGGGCAAGAUUGAUACCUCCUCUGCCAGCUUCAUAUGCAGGAAAUGCAGUGUUAACAGCUUAUGCUAGCGCAAAGUGUAGAGAUCUUAAAGAAGGACCACUUUCAAGAUUGGUGGAAAUGGUGAGGGAGGGUGCAAAAAGAAUGAACGAUGAGUAUGCAAAAUCUGUGAUAGACUGGGGUGAGAUAAACAAAGGAUUCCCAAAUGGUGAAUUCUUAGUAUCAUCAUGGUGGAAGUUAGGGUUUGAUGAAGUGGAGUAUCCAUGGGGUUACCCUAAGUAUAGUUGUCCUUUGGUUUAUCAUAGGAAGGACAUCAUCCUCUUAUUUCCUGAUACAGUUGACAAGAAUGGUGUCAAUGUUUUGGUUGCUCUUCCUUCCAAGCAAAUGAACAAGUUUCAAACACUCUUCCACGAGUUCUUAUCGGCUUGAUCUUACAAGGGUAUGACACUUUAUCUAUACAUAUAUUGUGGUAACAUGACAAUAAGGAGUAAACUUAAAUAUGAUUUGAGAAGUUAUUACUUAAUAUAAAGAUGUCUAUAUAUGACUUUCUUGUGUUA